AUGGCGUCUCAGGGACUGGACUGUCCUAUCUGCUGCGAGCGUUUUGAUGAGGAAAAACUCUGUCCUCGUUUGCUAAGUUGUGGUCACAGCUUCUGCUCAAAUUGCUUGGAGAAGCUGUUCAAGGAGUACGCAAUUAGCUGCCCAACUUGCAGGCGUGCAGUUUCUGUGCAAGCCGGUGUUACUGGGCUUCCAAAGAAUUUUGCCCUACUAGAUGUCUUACAAGCCAUUCCGCUGACAACAGCAGAUGGAAAUGCAGCUUUGCGCCUUUGUGAAGUUUGUGAUGAUGAGAAGCAUCCUGCGACAUCCUGUUGCUUGGAUUGCAAAGAGGAUAUGUGCAAGGAUGUAGCUCGAUGGCAUACUCGACAGAAGGCAACCCGCGAUCACCGUGUUGAAUCCCUAGAGAAACUAAAGGCAAAUCCAAAGUUUGCAGCGGUGCCGAUUUUCUGCCCAGAACACGAUCAGCAAUACCGCUUCUUUGAUGAAGAAUGCAAUCAUGUCGUUUGUAUGGACUGCGUUACUCUCGACCACAAUGGUCACAAGCUUUUAAAACUAGCUGAUGCUGCUUCAAAUUGCCGACAGGAAAUGGAAGCAAUUGCUACCAAAGCCAGCAACCAUGCAGAGGGAAUUAAAGCUGCAGGGGCUCGAGUGGCGGCUGUAAGUCUUGACCUGAAUAAGGCAUACGAGGAGCAGAUUGUUCAAAUUAAAGGCAGCUUCAAAAAGGUCAGUUAAUAUUCGUAUUUAAUUACUAUUUUUUAUUUGAAUCAAAUAGGCCACGAAUUCCCUACCUUUUUCAGACUGGGCCCCUAAGAAGUUCGCUAAACGCGCUCAAAAUUCACUUUGUGCUGGCACACACCCGCAUAGCUUAUAUAUACGGUAAUACGCGGUAGUACUGCUCUCAGUGCAAGAGAUGUUUUUAAUUCUUACGACGUGCACAUGUUGAUUCCUCUGAUUACUGUUGAAACGACUCGGCGUCCACUGUUUUAGACUAUACUUGUGUUUAAUGCAAGUGGCGUCUUCUUAUUUUGCAGCUACGUGCUGCAAUAACUGAAAGAGAAAGCGUUUUGUUGAGAGAACUGGAGCAGCUGUACAAGACCAAAGCAUUCACUCUCACAGAUCAGCGAGACCGUCUGCACAUAUUUCAAGCCUGCCUAGAGAGUGCCGCCCAUCGUACCCUGUGCGCAGUGAAAUCAGGCAACCUUGAGGUGCUUGUGGCCAGAAAUGAUAUAGUACCAACGCUAAAAGAAAUAGAGAAUCAGUCCCUCGUGUUUGAGCCACAAGCAGACUGCGUUUUAGAGUUCAACGUCAACCUUGAGCAGCUGCUGGAAUUGCUCAAUGACGCGGGUAUGGUCAGUGAUAAAACCACCAGUUCAGUCACCACCACUGCUGAAGGCUCAGGCUUGAAUCUAGCAAUACCCGAGAGAAAGGCUUCAUUCACUAUUACUGCACGCGACGCGCAAGGACGUCCCCGUGACGAGGGAGGUGACAUGUUCAUGGUGGAACUUACAGAAAAUGCGGGAGAAAAGGUUGAGUGUAAUGUGGAGGACAAAGGCGACGGUACCUACACUGCAACAUACACCUGCCCCACUAAUUCUAAGGGUAAUCACAAGGUUUCAGUGCUUUUACGUGGAAUCCACAUUAAAGGCAGUCCUUUUUCUGUCAAUGUUACCGAUGCUCCAGUGGGUAAAGUGAGCUGUUACGGCUGCAAGACGCGAAAAAAGUCCAUGAUUUACUACAAAAAUAACAUUGAGCCGUUUCGGAAUGAUGACUACCGCGUUAAUGGAUAUAGUGCUGUUUGUACCCGCUGCAUUAACCGUGCGUCUCCUUAG